UUUGUCUCAUGAGGCUACAUUAGACCACCACUGCCUCAGCUAUCCGUCUCUGGCACAGACGUACGGGACCUGUUCGUAUUGCCGACACGUCGACACGGAACUCAGUCACAACCGAUGCAAAUCGCAGAAUUGGCGUCUCUCGCCCUACUCUUUUGAAUAUGUGUCAUAUGUCGGUGAACGGACCGUCUAUUUUUGCCUAUGUGUAUUUAAACGGAAGAUUAACCGAUUAAAUACCACCGCGGAGAAAUGCGCACUGUAUUCAUGUCUUCUGACGUUAGAGAACUUACGCUGGAAUAAUACCAGCGACCUGCCGCAACGCCACUGAGAAGAAGUGUGGGUUUUUUUCUUCUUAAAGGUGGAUUUAAAGUGCAGUCAGAAGGCACGUGUUUAUUCCCCUACACAACACGGCUCCCCGGCGAUAAGAUUUGGAUUAACACUAAUGAACUAGGGUAAAUAAUCUCCACGGGACCGUGUCCAGGACAGGAAAGGCGACGCGUUGCUUGGCUGUGGGAUUGUCUUGGUACACCUCUCAGCUGAAGACGAUGUCCGUGUGGAGAUACUUGGUCGCUCUAUCCAAAUGCACACUUAUUCUCUCUCUGAGGAUGUUGCUCCUUGUGCCCGCAGGGUUGCCGGUCCGCAGUCAAGGGGACUCUCAGUCCGACAACAAGGUGAUGGAUAAUAUCACCGUCCGACAAGGAGAGACAGUCUUCCUCAGGUGUGCACAGGGGGAUGUGGUGACACACACAGCUUGGCUAAACCGGUCAAGUAUCCUUUAUGCCGGAGAAGACAAAUGGUCGGUAGAUCCCAGAGUGAGUCUGGUGACCCUUAAUCAAGAGGAGUUUAGCAUCAAGAUUGAAAACGUGGACAUGACAGAUGAGGGGCAGUAUGUGUGCGCAGUCCAAACAAGCAGCAGGCCAAGAACCACCUCAGUGCACAUCCUUGUCCAAGUACCACCAAAAAUUAUCCAUCUGUCAAAAGACAUUGUGGUAAAUGAAGGCUCCAACGUCACCCUGAUGUGCCAGGCCAGCGGUAAACCCGAGCCUUCCAUCAGCUGGAAACUCAUCUACUCAUCAGGAGACCUGGCAUCAGAGGAUGAGUUCCUGGAAAUCCCCUCUAUCUCCAGGCGGAGAGCAGGGACGUAUGAAUGCACAGCAGUCAACGAUAUUGACACAGACGUCCAGACCGUAGACAUCACCGUCAACUAUGCUCCCGCUGUUUCGGAGGGCAGAGACGUCGGGGUCACUCCGGGCCAGAGAGGAGAGCUGGAGUGUGAGGCCGAUGCCGUGCCUGAGGCAGACUUUGAGUGGUACAAAGAUGACAGAAGGAUCCUGAUUGGCCUCGAUGGCUUCGAGAUCGUGAAUUCUGGAUCACUGUCGAAGCUGACGUUUUUUAACGUGUCCGACGAAGAUUAUGGAAACUACACUUGCGUCGCACUCAACAAACUUGGCAGCGCGAACACAAGCUUUCUCAUGUAUGUCGUAAUUGAACCCACUAGCUCAACGCUAUUGCAAGGACCGAGAGCAGUUCAAGAUGGCAGCGGCGGCGCAAUGGGAGUCCACUCACACACCUGUCUAUUCCUAGUGUUUCUGCCGUUCCUGCUCAGAAUUUGAAGAGGAAUGGAUUUGAACACAUUUUUUGUUUGUGUAAGUGUGUGUUAAUUUUCUUCUCAUCCGGAAACAUAAACUGGUGCACAGUGAGUGCAGGGAGUAUCCUGUUACAUAAUGAUGUUGACCCACUAAAUAAGUACUUAACAAAAAGUUUCAGUUCUUUUGAUUUUUUUAGAUUUCAAGGGAUGCAACAAAUCCUUCACAUGUCAGAAAUGUUCUCUCUAAAUUGUAUUAGUCUGGACUAUCUCUUUUUUACUUACAUUGUGUCUAAGAGAAAACCGUUUUUGAUUGUGGUGUCUCUUUUUGAACUUCAUUUGUCUUCAUUUUAAACUGCACAGAAUAUUCAUCUCAACUCCAGGAGGAGGCAAAACAAGUAUGAGAGGUGAAUGUUAUAUACCUCAAAGUCAAACCGGGACAGUGAAGCAGGAGGAAUUUAGGUUACCUUGAGGCUGAAAGCCUGCUAUUGUAAUAUAUUAAUGUGUAAUGAUUAUCAUUCUUUCUGGUUGUUGAAACAGAAUUGUUUUUGAAGUAUUCUCCAAGUAUUAUUAUAGUAAUACACUUGCAGUUGUGUUAUGCUGAUCUUUUAAUUCUUUUUUUUCAGUUAUGUUUAGUUUUAAAUAUUUUUGAGAAAGGAAAAUAUGAAGUUGUAACUAUUUAGGACAAAUAUCCUGGUUUUAUGUCAUUUUUUUUCUUCACCAGUAAAAUUGGACACGACAAUGGUGUCGAGAAUACCUGUUAUGAAUAUGUAGUUAGAAAUGGAGGGAAGGUUUGCUCCACUUGUGUGGCGUCGACCUCUGACUUAAAUAAUGCAAAUGUAUUAAUGCUAUUGCUUCCUGUUUGAACACCAGGCCAUUCCCACACAACAGUUGGCCCUCUGGCCCUCCAACCCUGGAGGGCCAGAGGCCACUUAGUCACAUCAUGUUAAUAAAAUUGUUAAAAUCAAAAUCAAAAAUACCCUUUGCAUAUAUUUAGAGACCAUUAACCGAAAAUAGUAGCCCACACAGCAACACUUCACUGGGUAUCUCUUUCCUAGUCUCGACACUCAAAAAAACCCAUGGACACCUUUCCGAUACUAUUAUCUUUUUACAAAGAGGGUAGACAUAUUUUAAUAUGAGUUCAACAAAUACACACCACUUCAUACCAAAAUGUACAGUGUGUGAUUUAUGACUGAAAUGCUCAUUCUGAACAUGACUUUCCAGCUUUUAUUGAAAAGAAUUGCAGGCUUACUGUAUAGAAUGCGAGCUGAUUGCAAUAACCAACGUGGUGAGAGGUCCGGGUAACAAAAAAACACUACAUCUGCUCUUAUUGCUUCACUUGUGGCCAGUAUUGUCAGACAACAAAACAAAGAAAUCAUGUGUGUGUCUUAUCAUGGUGGAGAAUCGAACACACAGAAGAUCAGCAGCAAACUGAGUAUGAAUCUUCGCUACUUUAUUUCAUUUGUGAGCAUGAGGAUUUUAUGCAACAAUCACAAACCUCUAACACACCGGUAAGAAUUCUAAAAAGAUGUUUUGUCUUUUUAAGUUCUGUUGUGUGGGCAAACAAUAUACACCAGCUGCCACACUCAGGUUUUAAACAUCAUGCGUCUAUUUCAAGAUGCAUUGUCGGUUGGAAUUGUGAACUUACAAACUGAACCUUCUACGGGCUGCACUGCACGUCAUUUAACUAUGUGCAGUCCCACAGGAUUUGCAGGAUUCCAUUAACACAACGUAAAAUGGGAAUAGCAAAUUACAUCAAAUUAGUGUGUGUCUGUUUAGUGGCGGGGCAACGGCGCGCUUCUUAUCCCUCGGCUCCCCUUUCGUUUUUCUCCUGGCUUAACACAGCUCUGGUGAUGUUGUAGUCCUUCGUCUAUCUGCACCUACUUCAAGUAUCUUUUUAACUCCCCUAGCAUCAUUUGGCCCGUAGGGAAAACAAGGUUUGUGAAACAGAUAGCAGCUUUAUUGAAAUGGAUCCGAGUAAUCAGGAGCUGAAUCUGACGGGCUAAUCACACUUUGUUAUCACACACAAUACAAUGAGACGAAGAGACUAUUAUUCAUCUCUAGCACAGUGAUGUUUGAAAAUUACAUGGUAAUUAUUCCUUCUGGCUAGAAAGGAUGGCACCACUGAUCCCACGUCUGUAAUGCCACAAUAUGCAUAAACAAUCACAGCCCCAGUGCUUUGAGUUCCCUUAAAAGGUUGGAAAGAGAGCCAAAUGUGGCCCUCCCUUUUAUUAUUUGCCUUGCGACAUCUCUUCAUAAACACACAUUUUACUGAUGUAAUACAGACUCUUGUUUAUUUAUCUUAUAGGUCAGGCAAGCACACAAAACUGGUCAUGGACUUUUAUCUUUUUACUACCUCUGAGCAAUUGUGCAGCAAGUUGCUUAAUUAUUUAUCAUUGCAGCGAUCAUGAAGUAAUAUUUACCUGUGGUCACGGGUGUGCAUUGAUGUGCGAACAGUUUCUCCAGGAGCCUCACAGCACUUGGCUGACAGCUGCCUUCCAUUGCUUUGUUCUUAAUUACAUUACAGAUCAUUUAGCUGAUGCUUUUAUCCAAAGCAACUUACAUUAUAUUUUUAACCCAUGGCUUUUUACUUUUUUGCCAGGGAGCAAUUAGGGGUUAGGUGUCUUGCUCAGGGACACUUCCACAUGGGGCAGCCGGGACUUAAACCUCCAACCUUGGGGUUCGCAGCGCACCCUCUCUACCCCUGCGCCACGAUGAAUAAUAAAUAUCAAUGUUUUUUCAUGUCAUAUCAAAUUACAGUUUAAGUUCUCAAGCAAAGCACACUAUCACCGAGAACAAACCUUGUCAGCGUGUACCUUUAGAGCAGAUUCAUAUACCCAGGAGGGCUGCUGAGAAAUAUCUCUAGAUGAAAUGAAAAAUGAUGGUGGUGUUUUCUACACACGUAACCAGUGGUUAAGGAGAUUGCUAUUUAGCUGGCUUCAUCUAAUAAUCCACCUAAUAAUAGCAAUUCCAUAUGGUUACUAUUGGAGCGAUUCAGAUUUGGCGCUGUAUUGAGAAUCGCACACUACCAACCAAAACGGCACAUAAAAAUAUUCAGACUUAAGAUGAUCAUCUCAAUGUCAAACAGGCAUAUUGUUUAUGAGAGUUUGAUGAGUUGAGGAAGCCACAUCGAGCCAAAGAGCAGUCUGAGCUCUGAUCUAAGGAUGAGGUAUUCUCCCUUUUCAGAGAAGAUGGAAAACAGUCUGUACUGUCAGAUCCCGGCUGGGUAUCCCGCUCGAUCCUAUUUCUAAAGUUUUGGCCUUGGCCACACGCAGCUAACAGAAGUACCAUCUUCAUUUCCUUGUUCUCAAAUCCCUGCUGUGCCAAACAUGUAACAACAGAAGGCGUGUGGAGAAAACCUAUGCAGGCUGCCUCUUUAAAAUCUUCAUUUGGAUUACUUUAUGACCUGAGGCCUUUUGCAGUAAUUUGCGCCAGUUCCUCGCUGCAUUAUGGGCAAGGCAGCCUCAAGGUUAGAUGAGAUGGGCUUGCAGAGCAGUUCGACAAACACAAAACACAAUCACAUUUCAGUUUGUGAGACAGUAGGAUGUUUUGUGUUGCGUGUCAUAGCUAUUAGCAAUGUCAUGGCUCAUAUAGCUGAGAAAACUAAUAAGCUCUUGGUUGCUUUCUGAAAGCUCUCUUACCUGUUGUUCUGUUAGCGGGACUCCUCCUCUAUUCUAGAAGUCACACCCAGUGGGAUGCUUUUAACACCCUGAUGAAAAAAAAGAGAAAGAACAUUGAUUUUUCUAGCUGCAUUACAGUAAGGCAAACGUAAAGCAGCAGCUGUUGACAUUCAACUGUCAUGAUUGGGGACACUUUACCAUCUCUCUUUUUCAGCAGGUGUACUGCAGUUUCUUCCUGCGUGGCAAUAACAAAGUCUGUGCUUUCUUAUUCAAGCAAACACGCCAAAGCCCCACCAAGCAUUGAAAAAGAUGUACACACCUGUUCAAACCAGAAUUAUUAUGAUUGUAAAGGAAGACAAUUUUGGACUUACAGUAUUUCUGAUGCAAGGAAACUGCACUAAGAAGGCCUAAACUUAACCUAUCCAGCCCAUGAAGUCUGAUAUUUUGGCAGUAGCGCUGCAUACUUAUGGUGAUUUGACCAAUUCCAUUUUCAGUUGGAAGACUCCAGGAUUGCAGGACUCAUUCUCUCUCUCUCUCCCAUGCUCCAACCAAGAUCCCGUUUGCUUGGACUGAGAAGGAAGGAGGCCAUGGGUUUAGUUCUUUUUUGCCUCCAUAUGGCCAGGGCAAGAUCCCAUUCUCUCUUAAGAAUAUUUGAUACCAGUUAAGGAAACUGAUCGGAUAUUACUAUUCAUUUAAGGUGUUUUGUGACAUUGGUGUGAUUUGCAUUGCAGUCUGAAAGAGAUGAUUUUUGGAUGUGAACUUUGGUUGGACAUGAGAAAUCCAACAUUUGCUCCAGCUAUUGUGGGAGUAUCAUGGCAGAUGCAUGGAGUAGUUUCAUGAUCUGUUGGGGUUUAUUUUGAAUAAUUCACCAAUAGAGGAUUUGGUCACAAGUUCACAGGGCUCCCUUCAGAUUGAGGGGGUUCCAAAGCUAUUUGACUCUUUGCAUUGUAAAGGAUUGUUGGUUCAUAUGUAUUUUGUUGAUGAAAAGUGUGUGCUCAUAUUUAAGACUUAACAAUAAUAAAAUGUUGUAUAUUAA